ACGGCUCGGGGCCACCACCGCCCCGCCGCUGCCACUGCCGCUGCUGCUGCCGCCGCCGCCGCCGCCGACGCCGCUGCAGGGUGUGGAGCCCGCCGCCGCUCGCGGGCUGCGCGUCUGCCGCCGCCGCCGCUGCUGCCCAGCCUCCGCCAUGGACCUGUUCGGGGACCUGCCGGAGCCCGAGCGCUCGCCGCGCCCUGCUGCCGGGAAAGAAGCUCAGAAAGGAUCUCUGCUCUUUGACGGCCUCCCUCCAGCCAGCAGUGCUGACUCAGGAUCAGGGGGACCUUUGCUUUUUGAUGAUCUCCCACCAGCCAGCAGUGGCGAUGCAGGUUCUCUCGACGCUUCGCCGUCCCAGACGGGAAAGAACGAAGGGAAAGGAGCCAAGAGAAAGACCUCUGAAGAAGAGAAGAAUGGCAGCGAAGAGCUUGUGGAAAAGAAAGUUUGUAAAGCCUCUUCGGCGAUCUUUGGUUUGAAAGGCUACGUGGCUGAGCGGAAGGGCGAGCGGGAGGAGAUGCAGGACGCGCACGUCAUCCUCAACGACAUCACCGAGGAGUGCCGGCCGCCCUCCUCCCUCAUUACCCGGGUUUCAUAUUUUGCUGUUUUUGAUGGACAUGGAGGAAUUCGUGCCUCAAAAUUUGCUGCACAGAAUUUGCAUCAGAACUUGAUCAGGAAAUUUCCUAAAGGAGACGUCAUCAGUGUAGAGAAAACCGUGAAAAGAUGCCUUCUGGACACUUUCAAGCACACGGACGAAGAGUUCCUCAAGCAGGCUUCCAGCCAGAAGCCUGCCUGGAAAGAUGGGUCCACCGCCACGUGCGUUCUGGCUGUAGACAACACCCUUUACAUCGCCAACCUCGGAGACAGUCGGGCAAUCCUGUGUCGUUACAACGAGGAGAGUCAAAAACAUGCAGCCUUAAGCCUCAGCAAGGAGCAUAAUCCAACCCAGUAUGAGGAACGCAUGAGAAUACAAAAGGCUGGCGGGAAUGUCAGGGACGGGCGCGUCCUGGGCGUGCUGGAGGUGUCCCGCUCCAUCGGGGACGGGCAGUACAAGCGCUGCGGGGUGACGUCUGUGCCGGACAUCAGACGCUGCCAGCUGACCCCCAACGACAGGUUUAUCUUGCUGGCCUGCGACGGCCUCUUCAAGGUCUUUACCCCGGAGGAAGCCGUCCACUUCAUCUUGUCCUGCCUUGAGGACGAGAAGAUCCAGAGCCGGGAAGGGAAGCCCGCCGUGGACGCCCGCUACGAAGCCGCCUGCAACCGGCUGGCCACCAAGGCGGUGCAGCGGGGCUCCGCAGACAACGUGACGGUGAUGGUGGUGCGGAUAGGGCGCUGAGGCCGGGCCGGGGCCGCGUGCCCUGGGCUUCCCCGGGCCCGUCGGUGUCUGGUGCGCAUUGUGUGUUUCAUGCGCUCUGGUGGGCUGCCCGUGGUUGUAAAUAAAGGUUUCUCUCUUUUCUA